AUGUGUGAACAAUUGCGUACUCGCCGCUUAGGAGCAGCUCGUAGUAAAACACUUUCCGCCACAAAUCUAGCACCCAUUGCUAGCAGUGCAAGUCACACAUCCAUUGCAGCCGCCAUUAGUCACAGUGCUAGCAGUCAUUUUCUACAACAACACUAUCGCAAUCAAUCGCAUUACUCGACACAGGCUCAACAUUUCACCUUUAAUCAUACGGACAGCCCGAAGGCUGCGUUUUCAACACAAACCCAUAGGGGAUUUCAGCCGGGCUAUGGCAUUGAGGGCACCAGUACCAUUAAUAGUCCAACUGUUUUAAAUUCGGGCAGUGGAAGUGGCAGUGGAAGUAGUGGCCUGCGUAUGCCUAAUAUGGGACCCAUGUUAGGAACAUCGGCCACUGUAGCCAUUAGUAGUAAUUAUAGUGCUCACAACACCUCUAAUACAGGACAAAGUGGCACUGGUGCAGGCGGUGGCAUGUCACACAAUAAUGGUUCCGGCGUAACAGCCGGUCAAUUGGGCAGUGCUUCGGCAGCAGCCAAUACAGCUGCAUCAGGCGGUGGAGGUGGUUCUUCGGGAGUUGGUGGUGGUGGUAUGGGUUUAAGUGGCGUCGGUAUGGGCAUUUGUGGCGGCAUUAGUAGUGCAAUGGGACCUAGUAGUGCUGCCAUUACGGGCGUGCCGCCACUCGGACUUGGCAUUGCAACCGGUAUUGGUAAUAAAAUGCUUGGUCGCAAGCAGAGUCUUAAGGGCGGCGAGCCAUUUCUAGCUGAUUAUGGUCCCGAGGAGUCGCUUAACGAAAGUGCCGAUAUUGAAUGGGUGAACAAACUGUGGGUUAGGCGCCUAAUGCGUUUUUGCGCUUUAGUAGCCUUGGCCUCAGUCUCAUUGAAUACUCCGAAAACUUUCGAAUUAUAUCCACCCACACAGUAUAUAACAUUUGUAUCAGAUAUUGCGGUAACGUUACUCUUUACCGCUGAAAUGAUUGCCAAAAUGCACAUACGCGGCGUUUAUCAUGGUGAAGUACCAUAUUUAAAGGAUCAUUGGUGCCAAUUUGAUUUUUCAAUGGUAUUCUUUUUAUGGAUUUCCAUAAUAUUACAAAUAUUUGAAAUACUUGAAAUAGUGCCAAAAUUUUCACCCUUAUCCAUAAUGCGCGCCCCAAGACCUUUGAUUAUGAUACGUUUCUUAAGAGUCUUCCUGAAAUUUUCGAUGCCAAAAAAACGCAUAAAUCAAAUCUUUAAGCGUUCGAGCCAACAGAUUUAUAAUGUAACUUUGUUCUUCCUAUUUUUUAUGUCCUUAUAUGGUCUGAUGGGAGUACAAUUUUUUGGAGAAUUGAAAAAUCAUUGUGUUAUGAAUAAUAGCGAAUAUGAUGAACAUGAUAGGCCGAUUUUAACGUUAAAUUCUUUGGCCAUACCUGAUACGUUUUGUUCAAUGGAUCCAGAUUCUGGUUAUCAAUGUUCACCUGGCAUGAAAUGCAUGAAAUUGGAUUUUUUGAGCAGUUAUGUUAUCGGUUUUAAUGGUUUCGAAGAUAUAGCCACCAGUAUAUUUACGGUAUAUCAGGCUGCUUCACAAGAAGGUUGGGUUUUUAUAAUGUAUCGUGCCAUAGAUUCAUUACCCGCCUGGAGAGCGGCAUUUUAUUUUAGUACCAUGAUAUUCUUUUUGGCUUGGCUGGUAAAGAAUGUUUUCAUUGCUGUCAUUACGGAAACUUUCAAUGAGAUACGUGUGCAGUUUCAACAAAUGUGGGGUGCUCGUGGUCAUAUAACCAAAACCGCUGCCUCACAAAUAUUGAGUGGUAAUGAUCAAGGUUGGCGUUUGGUUACCAUAGAUGAUAGUAAGCAUGGCGGUUUGGCGCCGGAGACUUGUCAUGCCAUUUUACGUUCACCCUAUUUUCGUAUGCUGGUCAUGUCGAUAAUUUUGGCGAAUGGCAUUGUAACGGCCACCAUGACCUUUAAACAUGAUGGCAGACCACGUCAUGUAUUUUAUGAGAAUUAUUACUAUAUAGAGGCGAUAUUUACAUUACUCUUGGAUUUGGAAACAUUAUUUAAGAUCUACUGUUUGGGUUGGAGGGGCUAUUACAAACACUCUAUACAUAAAUUUGAAUUACUGUUGGCUGUUGGAACUACCCUGCAUAUUGUACCAAAUUUUUAUCUAUCACCAUUUACAUAUUUUCAGGUUCUUCGUGUGGUCCGCCUGAUUAAAGCCUCACCCAUGCUAGAGGGUUUUGUUUAUAAAAUCUUUGGUCCUGGUAAAAAACUUGGUUCUCUCAUAACAUUCACCGUUUGUUUGCUCAUUAUUAGCUCGGGCAUUUCUAUGCAAUUGUUUUGCUUUCUUUGUGAUUUUACCAAAUUCGAAACUUUUCCCGAAGCCUUUAUGUCUAUGUUUCAAAUUCUUACCCAAGAAGCUUGGGUUGAGGUUAUGGAUGAAACCAUGAUACGCACCAGUAAAACUCUAACUCCUCUGGUUGCGAUUUAUUUUAUACUUUAUCACUUGUUUGUCACACUCAUUGUGUUAAGUUUGUUCGUGGCGGUUAUUUUGGAUAAUUUGGAAUUGGAUGAAGAUAUCAAGAAAUUGAAACAGCUUAAGUUUCGUGAACAAAGUGCUGAGAUUAAGGAGACUUUACCGUUUCGUUUGAGAAUAUUUGAGAAAUUUCCUCAGUCUCCACAAAUGACUAUAUUGCAUCGUAUACCGAAUGACUUUACUCUGCCCAAGGUGAGAGAGUCUUUUAUGAAACAAUUUGUUAUUGAGUUAGAAUCCGAUGAUCCUUCGAUGGAGAGUUGUAAACGUCCUAUGUCAGAGUACUGGGAAUCGAAUGUUGUUUUUCGUAAGCAGAAACCCGUUAGGAUAAUGAAUAAAACUGCUAAAGUUCGUUCCGCGGGCAGUAGUUUAAGGAAACUGGCUAUUACUCAUAUAAUAAAUGAUUCCAAUAAUCAACGUCUAAUGCUGGGAGAUUCAGCCAUGUUGCCGGUUGUGGGUGGAAAGAGUGGUCUUAAAUCUCAAGGUACUAUUACUCAUUCCAAACCUUGGAGAGUAGAUCAAAAGAAAUUUGGUUCUCGUUCCAUACGACGCAGUGUACGUUCUGGUUCCAUCAAACUAAAGCAAACCUAUGAACAUCUUAUGGAAAAUGGUGAUAUAGCAUCAGCACCGCGUGCCAAUUCGGGAAGAGCUAGACCACAUGAUUUAGACAUAAAACUAUUACAAGCUAAAAGACAACAAGCCGAAAUGAGGCGUAAUCAAAGAGAGGAAGAUUUGCGCGAGAAUCAUCCCUUCUUCGAUACACCGCUAUUUUUGGUACCACGAGAAAGUCGUUUUCGUAAAAUCUGUCAAAAAAUUGUACACGGACGUUAUGAUGCUAGACUAAAGGAUCCUUUGACGGGUAAAGAGCGUAAAGUUCAAUAUAAAAGUAUGCACAAUUUCUUGGGUUUGGUCACCUAUUUGGAUUGGGUCAUGAUAUUCGUUACUACCCUUUCCUGCAUCUCUAUGAUGUUUGAAACACCCAAUGAUCGUGUUAUGGAUCAUCCCACAUUACAAAUAGCCGAAUAUGCUUUUGUCAUCUUUAUGAGUUUGGAAUUGGCUUUGAAAAUCUUAGCAGAUGGUUUAUUCUUUACCCCCAAGGCUUAUAUUAAAGAUGUGGCCGCUGUACUGGAUGUUUUCAUUUACGUGGUGUCUACCUCUUUUCUUUGCUGGAUGCCUAAACAUAUACCCACCAAUUCGGGUGCUCAACUUCUGAUGGUUCUAAGAUGUAUCAGACCUUUACGUAUAUUUACCUUAGUUCCUCAUAUGCGUAAAGUGGUUUAUGAAUUGUGUCGAGGUUUCAAAGAAAUCCUAUUAGUAUCGACAUUAUUGAUUCUGUUAAUGUUUAUAUUCGCCAGUUAUGGUGUUCAACUAUAUGGAGGACGAUUGGCCCGUUGCAAUGAUCCGACAAUAUUAAAACGUGAAGAUUGUGUGGGUGUUUUUAUGCGGCGUGUAUUUGUAACUAAAAUGAAAUUAAUACCUGAUUCUGAUGAGUCAUAUCCAGCCAUGUUGGUGCCUAGAGUAUGGGCCAAUCCAAGAAGAUUUAAUUUUGAUAAUAUUGGCGAUGCUAUGUUGACUUUGUUUGAGGUUUUAUCUUUUAAGGGUUGGUUGGAUGUGAGAGAUGUUUUAAUUAAGGCGGUGGGACCGAUUCAUGCAAUUUACAUACACAUAUACAUUUUCUUGGGUUGUAUGAUUGGUCUUACACUAUUUGUGGGUGUAGUCAUUGCCAAUUACUCAGAGAAUAAGGGUACUGCACUUUUAACUGUGGAUCAGAGAAGAUGGUGUGAUUUAAAGAAACGUUUGAAAAUUGCUCAACCUUUACAUUUGCCACCUAGGCCGGAUGGUCGUAAAGUUCGGGCAUUUGCCUAUGAUGUUACACAGCAUAUAUAUUUUAAACGUUUUAUAGCAGCCAUAGUUUUAAUUAACAGUGGUUUAUUAUCCAUAACGUGGAUUAAAGGUGAAAGUAUCACCGAAAUUUGUGUCUUAUUAAGUGCCAUAUUGACUUUUGUCUUUGUGGUGGAGGUGGUUAUGAAAAUUAUAGCUUUUACUCCGCGUGGCUAUUGGCAGUCGAGACGUAAUCGUUAUGAUUUAUUGGUUACCGUAUCGGGAGUUGUUUGGAUAUUUUUACAAACUAUUUUAAGGAAUGAUUUAUCCUAUUUCUUUGGUUUUAUGGUGGUGAUAUUAAGAUUUUUCACCAUAACCGGUAAACAUACCACUUUAAAAAUGUUAAUGUUAACUGUGGGUGUAUCGGUUUGUAAAUCAUUCUUUAUUAUAUUUGGCAUGUUUUUAUUGGUAUUUUUCUAUGCCUUGGCGGGCACUAUACUAUUUGGUACUGUCAAGUAUGGUGAAGGUAUUGGUCGUCGUGCUAAUUUUGGUUCUCCUGUUACUGGAGUUGCUAUGCUUUUCCGUAUUGUUACUGGUGAAGAUUGGAAUAAAAUUAUGCAUGACUGUAUGGUUCAGCCACCAUAUUGUACACCGGGAAAUAAUUAUUGGGAAACGGAUUGCGGAAAUUUUACUGCUAGUCUUAUAUAUUUCUGCACAUUCUAUGUUAUUAUUACUUAUAUAGUGCUAAAUUUACUAGUGGCUAUUAUCAUGGAGAACUUUUCAUUAUUUUACUCGAAUGAAGAAGAUGCCUUAUUAUCCUAUGCGGAUAUACGUAAUUUUCAAAAUACCUGGAAUAUUGUUGACAUACACCAGCGUGGUGUCAUACCAGUGAGAAGAGUUAAAUUUAUAUUACGUUUACUAAAGGGACGUUUGGAAUGUGAUCCCCAAAAAGAUCGUUUGUUAUUCAAAUACAUGUGCUAUGAAUUAGAUAAAUUGCACAAUGGGGAAGAUGUUACAUUUCAUGAUGUUAUAAAUAUGUUAUCCUAUCGUUCGGUGGACAUACGCAAAGCCUUGCAGCUGGAGGAGUUAUUAGCGCGUGAAGAAUUUGAAUAUUUGGUAGAAGAAGAAGUGGCCAAAAUGACCAUUAGAAAUUGGUUGGAGGCAUGCUUAAAGAAAAUAAGGUCACAAAAUGCCUACAAACAACAAAACUCCUUGAUUGCUGGUUUGAGAGCGACUAAUGAACAGCCUAUUAUAAGACCAAGUGCCCAGGAAGACAAAACGCCUACAGGAACGGGAGAUAAAUCUGCUAUAGCUACUAUAAGUGGUGCUGUAGCUGCCACCUGUCCUCCCACAAGUGAUGCAUUUUCACCCACUUUUAGUUCCACAGAAAAUGAGGGAAAUGAUGUAAGCACUAGUGCAGUAGCAUCUACACCAGCUCCGACUGAAACCUCAACAACACAUGCUACUCAGCGCGUAAUAACGGCUACAAAACGUGGCUAUACCCUUAAUCGUUCCGAUUCAACGGGUAGUUCAGCAGGACGUAAGUUCUUAGCGCCAACAUCGUCAGAUCCUCAACAGCGCACAACGUUAAGUGAUAAGGAACGUUUGUAUAUAGCCAAUCAGCAAAAGAAGAAAAAUUCCAUGACUACCACCACUUUACCGGUGACAAUAGCACCUGCUAUACCGGGAGCUGGUCACAAAAAGAAUAGUUUCUUUGCCGGUGAUAUGUCACAAUUUCAUUAUCCCGCCAUUAAUCAUUUUGAGCAUGGUAAUAUACCACAAGGUGGUUUGGGUAGUCCUUCCGGUUUAUUGCCUCAUAUUAUACCGGGCACUAAGUUAUUGCCUUUUAAUAAUCAAGCCAAUGCUGUCUAUGAAGUUCACGAUUGGUGGCAGGAACAAGUACUCUGCACUCAAAUGAGUGAUGAUGAAAUGUAGUAAAUAUUGAAGAAGAUUUUUUUAUAAUGUAAUAGUAGAUAAGUAUUUUAGAGAAUGAAUAGAAUUACCAUGUGCUAAAUUAACUAGUUGCCAAUGUCACGAUUGUUAUAUUUAAAAAUAAAAUAAUAUUAGUUUGUAUUAGUCUAUUGUAAAAUAAAAUAUAAUAAUUUGUUGUUAAUAAAACUAUUGUAGUAAUUUCCUUAUAUGUAUAGCGUCACAAAUUAAAUCUUAAGCGGUUUGAAUUAUUAAAGAAAAAGUCCAAAAGUCAGAAGAAACUAUAUAUAAAUACUUU